AUGGCGUCUCCGCUUGGGUGCAGCCUCUUCUGGGGAACUGCCAGAUCUUCGCUUUCGCCUUCUCUGGGUCGCCGAAUGCCGGUGGCCUUGCCGGCGCUUGCGACUUCGGCUCCUUCGUCGUUCGUCCGGACUCGGCUCCCGUCUCCUUCUCUUCAGUCUCCCCCGUCUGUGGGCGCCUCCGCUGCCGCCCUGUCUCUGCCGCGUGCGCGCCGACCCUCUGGCGCGUCAUUUCUCUCGUCAGCCUCCGAGGCGGCUCUCUCCUUCUCCCUGCUGCAGGACUCGGCGCCUCUCUCUCUGGAGGCUGUGUUGCAGAUCAUCGACUUCCGCCUGAAGGAGAAAAAGUUCGUCUCCUUCGCACACGAAUGCGAGCCUGGUCAUCCCGCCGCGAGCGUCGGGUUGACGCCAGGCGAGUUCGUCGUCGCACUGAACCGCGUCGCGGCGGCAGCUCGCUUGAGCGAGGCCGCAAACCUGAGAGAAGGCCGCGCACACGCGCGAGGCGAAGAGACCGUUUGGCGCGACGUCCGCUUUCAAAAGUUCCUCGGACGACUGAAGCGCAGAGUCCUCGCCUUCCAACCGGCCGAGCUCUACCGCGCGCUGCUAGCCUUCAGCCGGCUCAAGCACUGCCCAGAGGACCUCCUCGUGUCAAUUCUUCGUCUGCUCGAAACUUCCACCUGGGCCUGCCCCGCAGAGAGCGACGCGGCGGCGGCCUCAGGCCGCCAGCCCGACGGCCUCGGUGCGCUCUCGCCUCUGCAGCUGUCUCAUCUCCCGCUUCUCCUCUGCUCGCUCUCUGAAGGCGCGCCGCGCGUCGCUCUGCACAGCUUCCUGCAGGCCUACGCGCGCUUCCUCGCGGCGGGGGCACGCGUGUCUCCGCCCGCCCCGAGUGCGACCGCGCCGCAGGGCGAGAGCGCGGCCUUGGAGUCCGCGCCCGCCUCAGCGGCGCCUGAGCAGCCCGCCUGCGCGGCGGACGGCUUCUCGCUACAGGAGCUGAGCUUUGUGGCUCUCGGCUUGUCCACCCUCGGGUUUCGCGACCUGCCCCUCCUGCAUUUGCUUGCGGGGGCGCUCCAGAGGGAGAUUCGGGCGACGGGCGCCUCGGCGCGGGCGUGCGGCGCCGUCGGCGCGCCCGCAGACUCGCUGAGAGACGCCUCGCGGAGCAUCGCCCUUGCGACGUCUCUGCUGAGCUUUGCGACGCUCGGUGUCAACAGUCCGCGACUCUAUCAGGAGCUCCUCGGCGCCCUCAGAGGUAGUCUCCACACGCUGCCGCCUGCGCAGCUCGCAAACGUCACGCUUGCGCUGGCGACGCUCACGCGCGACAGCGGAGGUCUCUUUCCAUUCGCCUUCCUCGCCGACUUGGAGGCGACACUCGAGGCCCAAUGCGCGGUAAUGGACGGCGAAGACGCGCUGACUGCGGCGUGGGCGGGCUGUGCGCUGAGUCUGCAUCAAGGGAACCCGACUCUCUUCCGGCGUCUGCUCGAUCACAGCGCGCUCCUCUUGGCGCCCGCAGCGCAAGAUAGAGAGGGAGAUGAGGCCGCCGAGACGCUUUCAAGACAGCAAAAAAGGCAGCUGACGCAAAUUCGUCUCGAUCUCCUCCUCGAUGCCUCAACGAAAACUCGAGAUCUGUGCCAAGACUUGAAGGAAGGCGAGACGUGGGAGUGGCUCUUGAGCUCGAACCGCGACGGCGGCGAGACUGAAGAGACCUUUGAGGAAGAGGACGAAGAGGAGGGGAUCGUCGCGCUGCCGCCCGCGGCGCGAGACGCCGAGGAAGAAGUUUUUCAGCUGCUCACGAGUCACCCCGAGGCCAAGCAGCUUCUUCUUCGAGCGGCGAGCGGCGAGAGCGCUUCGCCGCAGGGAGAGGCUGCCGACGCGGGCGACGAGGAGGCUUCUGUGGAGCGAAACAGCGUCGCCUGCGAGUUUUACCGCAUUCCGGUCUCGAUCUGUCGCGGCGGCGAACGCGGCGGCGUGGCGGUCGUCGUGGAUUUUUCUACUUUUCCAGAUCUCGCGGAGCCCUCAGAUCUCUUUCUGGCGCUCAAGUACCGGCACAUGCGCCUCCAAGGAUACACGCUCGUUGACGUGCGGCUGACCGACUGGCAACAACUUGAGGGCGACGACGCGCGUGUCGCGUACCUCCUCUCGCGCCUCACGACAUACUGA